AUGCUGGCUGUCUCGGUAUUCCUGUUUGUAGUGAUUACCUCACAUGUGGAAUCAGUUUCAGCUAAGGAGGAGGGUGUAGGAACUCAAGUGCAAAUGUUGCUCUCGCAAUUCUUCCAUAUGGGAAAGCUACAAUGUUAUCAAUGUACCAACUGUGAUAAAGUGGAUAAGAACACCCCGAAGAAACAGAACUGUGGAGCUUGUGUUAAAGCUGUUACAACAAAACCAGUGAAAGUAAUUACAAGAUCAUGCGUAGGUUCCUGUGAAGGUCUCCCUAGUAUUGCAUAUACUGACAUCUACUGCUGUGAAUCUGAACUCUGCAAUUCAACAACACAGAUCAAAUUGAAUCUCAAGCUGAUUGGCUUUACCCUCUUAAUUUUCAUCAUCAUGAAAUAUUUUCAAAAACUCUAUUGAAUCGAUUUCGGUCA